GUCGUCCUCUUGUCUAUCUCCCCUGUUCUGUUGGCUCCUCCAUCUUCUAAACCUAAAAAAACAAACAUCAUUCUACGAUUCAGCAGCAGCAGGUAGGGAAGGUAAGGUUCAAUCAGCAGGUAAGCUUCGAUUCAGCAACUUCGAUUAGCCUGCGAAUUGGAUCGGACGAACCAAAACGAAAAUCGUGCCAUUGACCUGUAUGUGUUUUUCUCAUGAAGUCUGCUCGUUUUCAUAUUGAUUUUUUGAAGUGAGAAAAUGGGUAGACUUACAGUUGCUUUGAUUGUUAGCUCUUGGGCCGUACCAAUGUCCAUUCUUGUCAAUCACAUUGUUCCUGAACCAUACAUGGAUGAGAUCUUUCAUGUUCCUCAGGCUCAGCAGUAUUGCCUAGGCAAUUUUAAAACUUGGGAUCCUAUGAUAACCACCCCUCCUGGACUCUACUUCCUUUCACUACCCGCAACAUAUUUUAUCAAGGCCUGCUCAAUAGCAGUUCUUCGAUCUACCAAUGGUUUUCUGGCUGUAAUUUGCAGCGUUUUGGUUCAUGAUAUAAUUAAACUUUUGAAGCCGUCCCUUGAUGACAGAAAAGCAACUUUCUACUCUGUUAUUUUAGCCUUAUACCCCCUUCACUGGUUCUUCACUUUUCUUUACUAUACAGAUGUUGCGUCACUUACCCUAGUUCUUGCCAUGUAUCUUAUGUGUCUCAAGAAGAACUACAUUUGCACUGCGUUGCUUGGAGCUGUUGCAGUAGUUGUUCGUCAAACAAAUAUUAUUUGGGUGCUAUUCGUUGCAUGUACUGGAGUUCUAGAUUAUGUUCAAGUUAAACAGAAGCAUAAGGAUAAUAUGUUAUCAGAGCGUAAAAAUAACCAGUUUGUUUCAAGUAAAGGCGUUAAUAGCAGUUCAAACCUAAAAAAGCGAAGAUCAGGUAAUGCUAUACAUACUGCCAGUCAUGAAACGAGCCUGGCCUCUCUUCCUGACCGUUCAUCAGGUUUGUUUAGUGAGAUUCAGAGCAUCAUUUUAGUGUCAUGGCAUCUAAAGUGGGAGCUUCUCGUCUCUUUUGGUCCCUUCCUUGCGUUAUUGUUGGCUUUCGCUGCAUUUGUUGUUUGGAACGGCAGUAUAGUUCUUGGGGCUAAAGAAGCUCACACAGUUUCUCCACACUUUGCUCAGUUAUUCUACUACAGUUUGGUCUCAUGUUGUUUUAUGGCUCCCGUGCACUUUAGUAAAAGUCAAGCUGCAAGUUUGACUCGAUCAUUCUUGAAGAAUAGACCCCUUAAUCUUUUAUUGUGGCUUUUGGUUACCGUAGUUAGCUUUUAUUUGGUCCACAAUUUCAGCAUCGCGCACCCGUAUCUACUUGCUGAUAAUCGUCAUUAUCCAUUUUAUCUAUGGCGAAAGAUUAUAAAUGCUCAUUGGUCAACAAGAUACCUGCUAGUUCCGUUAUAUGUUUACUCGUGGGCUUCCAUCCUUAAUAUAUUAGCUAAAGUUCAGAAGAAAGUGUGGGUUUUAGCUUAUUUUCUAGCUUCAGCUGCUGUUCUUAUUCCUACACCCCUGAUAGAAUUCAGAUACUACACAAUCCCGUUCUUUUUCCUAAUUAUUCAUUGUCAUAUCACAAAUGACCGAGUGUGGUUCCUCAUGGGAUUCUUAUAUACAUCCAUUAAUAUCUUCACAAUGGUAAUGUUCUUAUUUCGGCCCUUUCAUUGGAACCACGAACCUGGUAUUCAGAGGUUUAUAUGGUAGAAAGAUCGUUGUUCUUCUUCUAAAAAUGAGGUAUAUCUGCAUUUUUCCUAAUUUUUUACAUCAAGUCGUGUACCCAAUUUUUGGCACUGUAAAUAUUCUAUGACCAUUUGUAGGGAUGUUAGAACGUUUCAAGAUAUUAGUGAUCUAGUCUUAAGCUUUGUUUUAAAGGCACGAGACUGGUUCAAAAACUGGUCAAAGUUAAGGUAUUUAGGAGGUUGGUAUGUAAACCCAACGAACGGGAUGAAGAAAUUUUACAUAAUAGCCUUUCAAGAAGGAAGAAAUAUUAGCGAAGUUUGUUUC